AUAAGUUUUGCAAACAAUUUUGAUAUUUAAGCAUGGUGAUAAGAAGUAUAAAAGUCAUUAUUCAAGAGCAAUAAUUCAUAUUACAAUUUGUAUUUACAAAAUAUGUCAUAAAACCUUUUAUGAAAUUUAGAACUUUUCAACAUUUUGCUCACAGGGAUUUAGAUAAUUGUUUGAAACAAAAAGCUAAUGUGUUUCAUAUUGAAACAAAAUGCUUCUUGUUCAGUUUAACAAGUUUAAUAUUUUAGUAACAAAGUAGUCUCUAGUUAACACAAUUAAAAAAAUUGUUCCUAAAAGCAAAUACGGUGAAUAUAUGAAAUAAAAAUGUACGAUUCAUUACAUUCUAUAUCGAUUUAAAUAUUUUGAAUCCGAUACUAAACUAUUUGCUGAUAAAAUGCGAUGUAUGAAGCUAAACAGGAAUGAAUCACGAAAAACCUAUCUAUCUAUCUAUCUAUUAUUAGCGUAAUAAUGUUGUAAACAGCACAUUCCCAACAAAAGUAUUUUUAAAUGUAUCGUAAUUGUUUUUAAGAAAAUCAGAUUUUAAGACAUUCAAAGUCGUUUUAAAUGUAAUAAACAAAAUAGUUAAUUUUAAAAAGAUUCCUGAAAAAUGACAUUCACGUCUCCAGCGUUAAAAUAACCUAAUGACUCUGCAAACUAAUUUCAUAAGGCAUGUUACGCCAUUAUAUGUCCAUUAUUAUUUCACUUCCUAGACAAUGUGCAGAGCAUUUUUUUCUUUGAUUACCAUAUUUAUCGUUAUUUAACAAAUCAUCCUUGUAUAACGAGUCAUUUGUAAGCAACAAUAAAACUCCCUACCGCGGUGAAAUCUAAAUUUAGCCACUUGCCUGUCACUGGUUUAUUGCUGCAAUUGUUCAGAGAUUUGCCUCUGAUAGAAAGUGAUAUGUUUUCAUAUUUUAAUGCAUUUUUGCACAAUUUAUCCCUCUUUUUUUUCCUUUCCAUAGCAGAAAUAAUUUUAUUGUUAUUGAAACGUAGCAUUACACCACAUGUUACUCUUUUCAUUCGAAGGAAAACACUAACUGCUGCUAGUGACAAUUUUUCAUGUUUUUGUUCUACUUGUUAAAUUAUGAAUGAUGUUUAGGGACAGAUAUGAACAAUCCGAGAUCCAUUCCCUUGUGUCAAGUAUCAGUUGAAUGGUAUUAGGCUUGUAAAAAGUCCGUUAUUUCAUCUCCAUUCAAACCUUUCAACAGACCCAACUCUACACAGAUGGCUCAGUUUGUAACGGGAAUUUUGUUAACUAUUGUAGCUGCUAUUACAGGAGAAGUAAUUGAAGAUCCUCUAGCAGAGGCUGAAAAAUGCUUUGUUGAGCAAAACAAACUGUAACGUAUUCAUCGUAGAUUGGGCAAAUGAUUACAGGCCUUGUUAUGAACAAGCAGUUGCAAAUAUACGUGUAGUAGGAGCUGAAGUAGGACUUUUUAUGAAGCGUAUGGCGAAUACCUGGAAUUUGCAUCAUAAGUUGGUGCAUAUCAUCGGUCAUGGUCUUGGAGCACAUGCAUCGGGAUAUGCCGGCAAGUGGUUUCAGAAUAGACAAAAGGAGGUAAUUGAUCGAAUUACAGGUUUGGAUCCAUCAGGUCCGUUUUUCAACGGUGUACAGAAAGUUGUGAGGUUAGAUAAAGAUGAUGCUAGCUUCGUUGAUGUCAUACAUACCAAUUCAGAUGGAAGUCGUUUGGUAGGUUAUGGACUAAAGGAACCUAUCGGGCACUUAGACUUCUAUCCAAAUGGAGGCGAACUUCAGCCUGGUUGUGAAACUGAAGUGAAUGAUACAGCUAAGACUAAAACUGAUGUCUUGAGUUACAUGAAGAGUACGUCCUUAAUACAUGAAUUCUAUCAAACGGGAAUCACACGUUCCACAGCCGAGAUAAACACGGGAGUUUUAUCCUGUAGCCAUGCCAGAGCCUAUGAAUACUUCAUUGCAAGUUUAAAUGAACCAGACUGCAGAUUCGAUUCCUUAAUUUGUUACAGCUGGGAUGCAUACAUUUACAAUGAUUGUGGGGCAUGCACUACCACCGCAUGCAUACGGAUGGGAUUUUAUGCUGACGUUGAUGGACGUGGCUUUAGAAACGAGAAAUCGUUGAAAGUCUACCUGGACACCGAAGAUACUUUUCCUUAUUGCUCUCCAUUUCUCACUUCCAUUCUUUCAAGAAAACUAAAAAUUAGAAAAGAUAUGCUUUGGAUUAUUCAAUUAUAUUAAAAAUAUUAUGUUCAAAUAAAUUAAAAUUGGCUCUUGUACCACUUAACUUCAAAAAUAUUAAAAUCCAUACUUCUCUAAAAUAAAUUGG